UGUUACUAAAUAUAAAAUGUGACCAACUAUAAAUACGAAGCGUCUUUGUGGACGAGUAUCAUUGCCUUACUCAGCCGGCGACCAAGAGAAGCUACAUCAUGCUCAGGGUUCUACUAGCCUGUUUUGUCUGUGUUUCAUAUGUUAUGUGUAUGACAACAACACAAAGUCCUCACCAUGUUCAUAACCACAAUCACACACAUCAUCACACCAACACGACGAGGGAGCCUCCAGCGAGGGAAUCUUUCAAGUUUAUCUACGAACCUCACUCUCAAAUGAUGGUUGUAGUUAGCGCAAAGGAAUGCUAUGUAUUUGCAUUAAGUGACAGUGAAAAGUCAGCUGUCCACACAGACGCUGGUAUACGUGCAGUAGAGCUGCGCUUACUGGGUGCUUUAAGUACUUCUGCCGUGACUUCUACAACCAAAGAUCAACUGGAUCCUAAGGCAGCACAUGCGUGUGGCGGACAUGUAACGACAUUCUACAAGGAAUCCAGUUCAUAAGUUAAUAAGAUUGUACAUGUACAAGAAUAAAAAUAAAUAAUCAUUUAAUGUUCAA